ACAAACAACGAAACAACUCAACAACUCAACCCAUCAUCAACUUUCCUCCUCCUGAGGCCUAAUUUGUAAGAAAGUGUCAGUUCCAGUUGUAUCAUUGUAUCAAGUGAAAUAAAAAGAUAUCGCUUAAAUUAGGUGUUUAUUGAUGUACAUUUCAUUCUAGCCUAGUCGUGUGAUUGUAAACAAUUAUGGUUGCCAAUACUGAAGAAGACGAGGACAGUCAGGAUACAAUCAAUUAUAAAGCACAAUAUAAAAAUUUGAAACGAAAACUCAAGUUUCUUAUGUAUGAAAAUGAGUGCUUUCAAGAAGCAUUGCGGUCAACUCAGCGUCGUCUGUUGAAAGCCAGUCGAGAUCGCAGUUUUCUACUUGACAGACUGUUAAACUACGAGAAGGUUGAAGCAACAUCCAGUGAGGGCGAAGAAACAGAAUCUUCUGAUGAUGGUGAAAUAGCUCGACCAGAUGCAAAGAGGAGGAAACUUGAAAUGAACUCCAGUAGUAGUUAUAGCUCCAUGGUAAGUGGGCUGCCUAAAACUCCGUCGUCUGCUAAGAAGAAGAAACCUCCUACUCCAAAGCCAGUUACUAAAUCCCUCAGUCAGCCACAGAUACAGAUGGUGUUGGGCAGUUCUGGAGACGGACACAUGACACCAGAGGAGGUAGAACGCCACCUAGAGGCUAGACAACCUCAUUACCUAGACAUGGACCAGGCUGUGGCUACCAUACCCUCGGAGAUGUUUAGCAAUGAUCCAUCCCUUGACAUCGACAGUGAAUCAAACGAGCUGUGUGAUAUGGAAACCUCGCCGAGCAACUUGGGCGAAGACUGUCUCAGUGUUGAUAUGAUUGCUGAUUAAAUGUGUGUUGGAGAACAAAAUGAAUGCCAUGCGUCAACUGGUUCACAGAUAAGGACCUCUUAUUUAUUUCUUCUAGUUUUUUUCUGUUUCCAUAAUCAUAUUUUGGUUAGCAUUUAAGUUUUUUGUAAAAAUGUAUUUAUUUAUUAAAUUAGGUUUUUGAAAUUUUAAAAUAUCAUAGAAUGCCAAAUAAAAAAAAUAGAAAUCAGAAAUA